UGGUUUUCUGUUCAAGGAUAGAGUUAAGGUUGAGAUAGAGCUGGGUCCUAUCCUAUCACAGAGAACAGUCAGUUGUUGUAAUUUCGCCAUGGCAGAAGAAUGCUCUUCCAGGAAUGACUGUUCUCAGGAAAGUAGGCAAGCUGAAGAGAAGAAGCCGGUCAAAGUGGAGAAUGCUGCAGGGACAGGGAGUGAGUUUGAUGACACUGACAGCGACGAGAAGAAAAAUAUUCCGUUAGUGAAAAAAAGCAGAAAACGAAAGAAUGAAUGCAUAUGGGCCAUUGCUUGCUUAGACAAUUGGUAUAAGAGAGGCUGGAGGAGGAACGGAAAAAAAAGUUUGGAAGGUGCCGAUUUGAGGGAGAAGUAUCCACUUUGUAUACCUGUGAGCGUAGAGAAGGAUGCAGGGAGUGACAUUCCGGACAUUAACAUGAAGAAGUUAGUUGCCGACUCCCUCAUUCCUUAUCCCUUCUGA